AUGGGCGAUCCCAUAAACGGUCGCAACUCCUUCAUCGUUACCACUUAUCUGGCCAAUAAAGAACAUGAUAUUCGGCUAAUCCGUUGGUUGCUGAAAUCAAUAUGUCUCUGGCCUCGUUCAGGCAAAGCUUCCAUCGUAGACCGAGUGCUCUCGGAAUUUUUAAUAUUCACAUGUUUCUCUUUGUUAUUCAUGACAAUAGUGAGCAUGGGUUUAGUUAUUUUUGUCGAGAAACGUGAAGAUAUGGACGUGAUGAUGAUAAACAUGGGACCCUUCGUAUACCUUCUCAUGACAGUUAUGAAGUAUACUUGCCUGAUAGUGCAUGUCGACGACAUACGCAAAUGCAUAGAUUGCAUUGAGCUCGAUUGGGAUAUCGUGAAAACCGUCGAAGAUUACGAAGUGAUGCUGAAGGACGCCAAGAUCGGUCGCUUCGUAGCGACUUGCAUCACUCUAUUUGUAUACUGCACCAUACAAUCCUAUAACAUCACCAGAUGCUUCAUGAAAACUGUCGUGAAUGUGGAUAAUGUCAGUGUUUUGACUCGCGGAUUACCCUAUCCGUUCUAUAAUGAGAUCGUGGACACGCGCUUCAGUCCGGCGUAUGAAAUAGUCUUGGUUAUACAUUUUGUAUCGGGUUUUCUACUGUGCAAUAUCACCAAUGUCAAUUGCGGACUGAUGGCAAUUUUAGUAAUGCAUGCAUGUGGACAGCUCAAGAUUUUAAUACAAUGGCUAGGCGAUAUUGUGCAGGAGGAUGAUGUUAUUGAUAUCAGCACGGUACAGCAAAAGCUGGGCUUUAUCGUCGAACAUCAUCUACAGGUGAUAAAAUUUGUGUCUCAUACUGAAAAUAUAAUGUAUUUGACAUGCCUUGUUGAAUUGCUUGGAGGUUCGAUAUUAUUAUGUUUCGCCGGAUACUGUUGUCUUACGGCGUGGCAUAAGGCCGAAACAGAAAAUAUUCCAGUAUAUUCUGUAAUAGUAGUUUCCGUUAUAUUGAAUAUUUUUAUAAUUUGUUACAUUGCCGAAGUUCUCAGCGAACAGGUUUUGAAGGCAUCGAUGACUUAUUUAAAUAUGCUACGACAAAUAGCUGUAUAA